AUGGGUGACUUGAAAGUAGCGGUACUUGGAGCUGGAGUUGUUGGUGUGAAUACAGUGUUGCAACUUCAAGAACAGCUACCAUCCGCAAAUGUUACUUUGAUUGAUGAUAAAUUCAGCGAUGAAACAUUAAGCUAUGGGCCAGCCGGUAUUUUUCGGCCGGGCACUCAAUUUGGUGGUCUACCCGCAGAUAUUGUCAG